CGUGUGUGUGUGUUGUGUGUGUGUGUCCGGGUGGGAUCGCAAAAAAAGCAAAACACCUUUUGCGCGUGUGUGGGUGACCUGGGAAAGAUGUGCACGGGAAAAUGUACGAUGGUCAUCGGGGCGGCCCUGGUCCCCAUGGCCCUCUUGGCCAUCGUGGCCAACGUGCUGCUCUUCUUCCCCAACGCCGAGGUGACCCACCUGGAACAGGGACACCUUUCCGACUUCACCUGGUACAUGGCCGGCAUCGCCGGAGGCGGGCUGCUGAUUAUCGUGCCGGCCAUGCAGCUUAUCGGAGCCGGGUCUCGGGACGGCUGCUGCUCAAACAGAUGUGGGAUGCUGACGUCCGUCCUCUUGUCGCUGGUGGGCGUCGCGGGCGCCCUCUACUGCCUCGUGGUCUCCACCGUGGCGCUCGUGGAGGGCCCCAUGUGCCUCUUCAAGAACGGAAGCAGCGAGCAGUGGGACUACCCCUUCGGGAAGAUCGACAAGUGGGACUUCCAGAUCCUGGACACGAGCUACCUCUUCAACUCAUCGCUGUGGAGCGUUUGCAAGGCGCCGGUGUGGAUCGUCGAGUGGCACAUCUCCCUCUUCUCCAUCAUGAUGGCCGUGGGUGCCGUGGAGGUGGCUCUGUGCCUGGUGCAGGCCGUCAACGGCUUCGUGGGCGUCCUGUGCGGGACGUGCCGCAAGGAGAAACCCAGAGAGAGCUCCAGCCAGGCGCCACUCUACUCCAUGGACUCGCUGCCGCGCUACUGAGACGGGAUGGCGGGGACUGGGUGAUGGGAUUGGGGCGAUGGGAUGGGAUGGUGGGACCUAAUGAUUGGACGGGAUUAUGGGACGGGAUGAUUGGACGAGAUGAUAGGACGGGAUGACGGGGACUGGGUGAUGGGAUUGGGUGAUGGGACGGGAUGAUGGGAAAUGAUGAUGGGAAAUGAUGAUGGGACGGAAUGAUGGGAAGGGAUGAUGGGAAGGGAUGAUGGGACCUAAUGAUUGGACGGGAUUAUGGGACGGGAUGAUUGGGCGGGAUGACGGGGACUGGAUGAUGGGUUUGGGUGAUGGGACGGGAUGAUG